AUGCGUUCCGCUUUGGCAUACAUAGCGCUUCCGGCAAUCUUCGCCCAACAAGCUGUGGCUGCUCCGACGGUUGGCCUUCCAGCACACGGAAGCAAAAAUGUUCACUGGGUCGAUAUCUGGGCUACUAUUCCACAACUUACAGAAGUAGGCAAUCUUCCUCCUGCUCCAUACACCCAGCCUGACUAUGUUUUCGUUGACUCGACCGUUCGCGCGACAUUUCAAGUGUCAAUCCCCGGAAAGACCAUCCGUCUCAGGUUCACGAACGUAUUUGGCGCCACGGACUUGCCAAUCGAUGCUGUGACCAUUGCUCUCCCUGAUGGGCCAGCAGGCACCCGCACGAUCCAUACUCAGACUUUGCAGAAGGUCACAUUUAGCGGCAAGAUCUCGAUCAUCAUUCCCAAUGGUGCUCAAGUAGUCUCCGAUCCAAUUCACUUUGAGGUCAAGGCCAGGCAAGACAUUGCAGUCACCUCUCUAACCCAGGGAGCCGCAUCACGAGUUGCUCCGCGCAUUGCUGGCGGUAACCGCGUGCUUCACGACGGUCUUGGACCUAACGUACAUGGCCGUAUCGACCGCGACGUACUGGCGCAACCGAAUGUCAAGUAUGCUAUGAUUUACGAGGGCAUCAACGAUAUCGGGACGGGCAAUUCGACGACCUCCGUCGCUGAGCAGCUCGAGACGUCAGACCGGUUGAUCUGGGCAUACCAGAAAAUGGCAGAGCGGAUCCACGCGGCGGGAAUCAAGGUGUUCAUCGCCACUAUCACGCCGUGCAACCACCCGGCCAACCAGUUCCAGCCUGUGUGGGACGUGGAGAGAGAGAAGACGAGGCAGCGCGUGAACAAGUGGAUCCGCGAGAAUAAGGUGUUCGAUGCGGUGCUGGACUUCGAUGAGGUUCUUCGAGACCCAGAGCACCCGAAUGUAACGCAGGAGCGGUACAACUUUGAUGACUUCUUGCACCCUCGUGUUGAGGGUUAUCACGCGUUAGCAAACUCUAACCCGCUCUCUAUAUUCUCGUAG